AUGUCUCAACAACAACAACCCGGAGAAUCCGGCGAGGAGGUUCAGCCUUAUCGCAUACGUAUAUCGAGCAAGUAUCUAGACAUCACGCGUCAGAAGUUGGAGCUUACUCGGCUGCCGCAUGAGCCGCGUUCCAAAGACUGGUGGGAGCCAAAGCCCCAAGUCGAGUCUUUGGUAGACUUCUGGCAAGAAUCAUUCUCGUGGCAUGAUCACGAAGAGGAGCUCAACAAGACUCUUCCUCAGUUCAGGACAAGCUUUCAGACCUCUACUCCCCCAACUCCUGUCCGGAUUCACUUCAUACAUGCUCGCUCUCCUCACGCCAAUGCUGUUCCUCUACUAUUGAUACCCCCUUUCCCUUUGACCAACUUGUCGCUUGGUCACCUUGUUCAACUACUAAGCGACCCUGAAGAUGCUGGGACAACUCAGCCGUUUCAUGUUGUCAUCCCGAGCUUGCCAGGUCUUGGUUUCAGCGAUUCUUUACCGGCCAAUACACCUCCAAUCUCUACGACGUCUAAGCUUUUUGAUGAUCUGAUGAGAAGACUGGGUUAUGAGCACUACAUUGGUAGCAAUGCUGGCUCUGCCUCAAUAUCUCCUGCUGGUAUCGACUGGAGACUGGCUAGACAUCUCUCCCACCACUUCUCCGAGUCUUGCAUAGGAUUUCAUUUUAUCGCGCCUCCUUUGACAUCUCCCACCAUUUCAGGCUCAGCGAGCGAGUGGUUGAAAUGGAAACUUGCUCGACUAUUGAGCUCCCCGGUUCUGGGUUAUUCUAAAGACGACCUCUCAGCGACGCAGAAGCAGAAGACACCACAACUCAGCAAAAAGAAGUCCGCCAUCAACCUGGGUCAAGCUACCAAUAGCAACUUUGAACCAAACACACCGUCAUAUGCGCUGUGCGACUCUCCUACUGGUCUGCUCCUCUACGUGCUGAAGAUACUCCGCACUCUUGGUCCCAAGAAAGAACUUACCCAGAAAGACAUCAUUACUCUUACUUGUCUCAUUUGGCUGCCCGGUCCCGAGGCUGCUCUUCGCUACUGGGCCCAGUGUGCGUCAGAAGUUGAGCCCGUGGAAGGAAAGAGGACAACUAAGAAGCCCAAGGUUGCUAUCACUGUGUUUAUUGGCGACGACGAGCAGGGUGAGCAGCCAAGGACGCUGCCCCGACCUGCGAAGACGAUAUAUGCCUGUCCUGCUUGGGCCAACAAGGAGUACCAAGUCUUGCACCUGCAUCGCGCUUCUGGAACACCCGGUUUCCUGGCUUGGGAUCGUCAAGAUGUGAUUAUGGAAGGCGUGCGAGGCCUAGCAAAGGCCAUUUUGGAGAAGGACAAGAGGAUGCAGGUUGCGGAACAGCCUGGAGCGAUCCUACAAAGCCAACUCGAGGUGCGGGAUGGACAGAUAGCCCAAGCUGAUCUGUCUGGAACAACAGUUCAAGACCCCAAUGCCAGCCCGGGCGAAGGGCCACCUAAGGCUAUUAGUCCCCUCAGGCCGAUAGAGGAUGAGAACCAGCAUCUUGUUCCUCCACCAGCGGCAACGCAUAGGGGCGUUAGCUCGUGA